UUUUAAAUUCACCAUUCUCUGGCUCACCACACAACACACUACGUAAUACAAAACACACUUUCAAAUUCCAGGAUUGCAGCCAAACAUCAAAUUACACAAGAGGCGUUUUAUGUGCUUUGUUAAAAUGCUUUCUCAUGUACAUUCUUGCACGGUCGUUGUAUAAUCACCGAGCCACUUGCAGAAGUUUGUUGAUUCCAAUGGCUGGAGUUAAAGCCACGCCUGUGGCGCAUGUGACGCUGCUGCUGCCAAGAGAAGGAUGAUCGUUGCAAUUAUUAUGACUUUCAAGAGCUUCCUGCAGUUGACUUAGCCUCCCACAAGAAGGUACAACAUGAGUGCUCCAAAGAUCGGACUUUGGAAAGAAGAACCUGUAAGAAAAUUAGACGCUUCAUGUAUUGUUUUUUUCAAUUUUUUGUAACAGAUCAAAACGAAUGCUCAAAGCUGAUAAAUUACGAUGGGGGAGUGUCCGGGAACGCGAUUAUAAACAUUGUUUAACAGUUCAAAUUGAAGAGAUUAUUUAAUGAAAAUAUGACAGCUGAAUUUAAUUAUACCGUUUUGAAUACCACUGCUGUUGUCCCGGGAGUUGAUAAUUCCAGUAUAGGAUGUUCAUUAACGAAGACGGGCUUCCAGUUUUAUUACCUGCCUACGGUGUACAUUUUAGUCUUCCUCACUGGAUUCAUAGGCAACAGCGUGGCCAUAUGGAUGUUCGUCUUUCACAUGAAACCGUGGAGCAGCAUCUCUGUGUACAUGUUCAACCUGGCGUUAGCUGAUUUCUUCUAUGUGCUGUCUCUGCCCAUCUUGAUAUUUUACUAUUUCAACAAAACCGAUUGGGUGUUCGGAGAGGUGAUGUGCAAGAUGCAGAGGUUUCUUUUUCACGUUAAUCUCUACGGGAGCAUCCUGUUUCUCACUUGCAUCAGCGUCCACAGAUACACCGGGGUGGUGCAUCCUUUAAAAUCUUUGGGGAGGCUGAAGAAAAAGAACGCUAUUUACACCAGUGCACUUGUGUGGUUCAUUGUGGUGGCUGGGAUCUCGCCCAUAUUGUUCUUCUCCCGAACUGGGAUCAAGAAAAAUGGAAUGAUGACGUGUUAUGACACCACGUCAUCAGAAUACUUGAGCAGCUACUUCAUUUACAGCAUGUGUACAACUGUGUUCGGAUUCUGCAUUCCCUUUAUAAUUAUUCUAGGCUGUUAUGGAUUAAUAGCAAAAGCACUGAUUUGCAAUGAUAUGCACAACGCACCUCUCAGGAAAAAGUCAAUUCGCCUUGUGAUUAUUGUUUUGGCGGUUUUUGCUGUCUCCUAUCUCCCUUUCCAUGUGAUGAAGAAUUUAAACCUUAGAGCCAGGCUAUACUUCCAAAGCCCUGAGAUGUGUUACUUUAACAACAAGGUUUAUGCUACCUACCAAGUGACUAGGGGUCUUGCCAGCCUGAAUAGCUGCGUGGAUCCAAUUUUAUACUUUCUGGCUGGGGAUACGUUUCGAAGAAGAUUAUCCAGAGUUACAAGGAAAGCCUCCAAAAGAAGUGACAAUAACCUGCAGUCUAAGAGUGAGGAAACUGCCCUGCAUGUGCUAUCAGAAUACACUGAAAACGGAGACACACAACUUUGAGUGCAAUGUGUUUCAUUCAAAGAUGUCACUUUAGACUUUUCAUAUAGGAUUACUACAGGAUUACCCAUUUACAGCUGUAGGCCUAUUGUAGUUAUAUCCAGUACAGUGCAGGCUAUUGGUAUUGCAAGAGAACAAUUGUGGGAAUCGUGCAAACCAUUAGGAUUAAAAACUACCUGGAAAUUGUAACUAUUCCAAUUAAAUUGCUUUGAUUACAGAAUAUUAAUGACUGCAAAGACAGAGAAUGGACUGAUGCCUCCAUAAUUUGUAUGCUUUCCAAUUAAUACAUCUCUAUUGGCUGAUUUGACUAGGUGUAAGCUGUGAAAGUUUAAUGAAAAGCACUGUAGUGUUUGUAUUAUUCCUUAUUCUGUACAAUAUUUAAUUUGUCCUAGAAAACAAUAUUAGUACUAUACUGACUGGCCACUCACUUUGUAUACGAUGUUUCCCUAAAUCAGCAGUUUUAGUGAAGGGUAUAUUCACAGUAAGGAAAUGAAUACUGUGUCACCCCAAACUCCUUGGUAUCUGUUUAUUACAUUCUUCCAUAGUUGAACCUUACAUGUCACUUUCGCCCAAAGGACUUUUAGCUAUUGGGACACAAGUUUGCAGGCCAGGUACUCUCAUGAUGUCAUAUGCUGCUGCAAGAUGUUAUUCGUGUCACCUUCAAACUCUUUUUGAGUACAGGAUCAAAAAACUGAAAUUAACAAAGGGGAUCACUUUUUCCCCCAUAAAUGAUGCUUCUGUUAUACUAAUAACAUUUUACAGGAAACUACUAUAUAGCUGAUAUUUCCCAAUGGGUUUAUAAAUAAACUUCUUAAAUAUGUUUAAGCAAUUAAAAAAAAAAAAAACAGAUAGGACACUGCACCUUUAGUACAUUGCCAGUAUGGUUAAAACAGAUUUUCCAAUUUGCAAUGCAUAUUAAUAUAUCAAGUAAAAGACACAUGACUGCAGUAUCCCAAGACAUCAUACACACUGACAUGCAUUCUAAUGUGUGAUCAGCCCUAUGUGCAGUAUGCUCCACAAUAUCUACAUUUCAUGGUAUAUGAAGGGAUUGAGUAUAUAUGUGACCAUCUUUUUAAUAUGUUUGGUACGAUUGCAGUAUAUGGUGUUUUAUGUAAGAUUGAAACAUUAUAUUUUUAUUUUUAUAUAUGUUAACAGUUUAUUAGAAACAGUAAUGUAAUUGUUAAAUUAUUGCAUGUAAACAGUGUUAAGUCUAUAGAUGACAAGUUAACUAGCGUUUAAUAAAAAACUAAUUACUAUUUCUGUGA